CGCGAGUUUCGGAUGAAGCACGGGACGGUGCUCUCCUUCUUCUAAUGACUUACCCCAUCUCUUCUCCAUCUUGACCUCCCCAUCCUCCACAUUCCAACUCCAUUCCGCCUUCUUCCACUCUCCAUCAUGUCUCAAACGUUCAAAUCCGCCGAUGUGGCCUCCCAUAACAAAGGUGAUAGCCUGUGGAUCAUUGUGGACGAGGAUGUCUACGAUGUCACCAAGUUCCAGGACGAGCACCCAGGAGGGAAGAAGAUCCUCCAGCGCGUCGGCGGCAAAGACGCCAGCAAGCAAUUCUGGAAGUACCACAACGAGGGCAUUCUCAAGAAGUUCCAGCCAAAACUGCAAAUCGGCUCCCUCGACUCCAAGCCCAAGCCCGCCGCCAAACCCGCCGCUCCCGCUCCUCCAUCCACUGUAGCGCCCUCUCCGCGAGAAGAGAAGUUUGAGACUCUCCCGACGCCAGCCGACGCGCACGAAGACGAGGAAGUUCAGGCCACACUGGACCCAUAUGGCGACUUGAUCCCCUUCGCCGAUCCCUCUUGGUACCAGACAUAUCACACUCCCUACUUCAACGAAACCCACGCCGCCCUGCGAGCAGAAGUGCGCGAGUGGAUGGAAGAGGAGAUCAUGGCAAACGUCACCGAAUGGGACGAAGCAAAGGUCGUUCCCGAUGCGAUCUACAAAGCAAUGGGCGAGCGAGGAUACCUUGCUGGUCUUCUCGGCGCCCAUAAAUAUCCCACCCACCUCACCAACGCCCGAGUGAAGUCCGUGCCCGCAGAGAAGUGGGAUCUGUUUCACGAAAUGCUGCUCACCGACGAACUCUCCCGCUCCGGCUCGGGCGGCUUUGUCUGGAAUCUCAUUGGCGGCUACGGCAUCGGUGCUCCCCCCGUUGUGAAGCAUGGCAAGCCUGCCCUCGUGAACCGCAUCAUCCCUGAGAUCCUUGCGGGCGAGAAACGCAUCUGCCUUGCUAUCACCGAGCCCGAUGCGGGUAGUGAUGUGGCCAAUCUGACCUGCGAAGCCAAGCUGACCAAAGACGGAAAGCAUUACAUCGUCAACGGCGAGAAAAAAUGGAUUACCAACGGUAUUUGGUGUGACUACUUCACCACCGCCGUGCGCACCUCAGACAAAGGCAUGAACGGCCUAUCGGUGCUGCUCAUCGAGCGCAGCAUGGGCGGCGUCAGCACGCGCCGCAUGGACUGCCAGGGCGUGUGGAGCAGCGGCACGACCUACGUGACCUUCGAAGACGUCAAGGUGCCCGUGGAGAACCUGAUCGGCAAGCCGAACCAAGGCUUCCGCGUCAUCAUGACCAACUUCAACCACGAGCGCAUCGGCAUCAUCAUCCAGUGCAUCCGCUUCAGCCGCGUGUGCUACGAAGAGAGCAUCAAGUACGCCAACAAGCGCCGCACCUUCGGGCAGAAGCUCAUCAACCACCCCGUCAUCCGGCUCAAGCUCGCGCACAUGGCCCGCCAAAUCGAGGCUUCCUACUCCUGGCUCGAAUCGCUCAUCUACCAGUGCCAGAAGAUGACGGACGUCGAGGCCAUGCUCAAACUCGGCGGCGCCAUUGCCGGCCUCAAGGCGCAGAGCACGACGACUUUUGAGUUUUGCGCGCGCGAGGCGUCGCAGAUUUUCGGCGGGCUGUCGUACUCGCGUGGCGGCCAAGGGGGUAAGAUUGAGCGCUUGUAUCGCGAUGUCAGGGCUUAUGCCAUCCCCGGUGGCUCCGAGGAGAUUAUGUUGGAUUUGAGCAUUCGGCAGAGUCUGCGCGUGCAUAAAGCGAUGGGGAUGAAGUUGUGAUCUUGCGUGGUAGGCAUUGCAUGGGGGUUUUUGAAUUCGAUAUGUACAUCAUCAACUAGCAGCAGCAAGUUC